UUUCCUGGAUUCUUUUAUUGGCAGUUGAAAUUUGUAUUUGAAAUUUCCAGAAAAUGUUAGAUAAAUACAUUUUGCAUUUGAUGUUAUAAUUGCAACAACCAACUACUAGCAGUAAAUCAAAGCGUUUCACAUCUGUUUGAUUAGAAAUAUUCAUCUGUUUGUGAUGUAUUUUUAUAUUUUGCUCCUAAAUAAAGGGGAAUGAUGUGGAUGCUGUGGGUAAAUGAAAUAUAUCUUAUAUCUUAUCUAAACCUUGUGAGCCUUGGUCUUGAGUGAACUGAGCACAGAACAGUUGAAACAAGUUCGAGAAUGCCUUGACUCUUCUUUCAUUGCUGCCAGUGUGAAGAUCAACACUAUAAAACAAGCUUACCUAAAAGGAACUGGGCCUAUGGGACAUUUUAAGCAAAAUGUAUUGUAUACUUACUUUAUAAUUUUUUGCUGGACAAACAGGUUACACAGUGCGUGCUAGAUCCCUUGGGAUGGUUGAUAUUAAUCAAGAUAGAUUUCUAUUGCUCUUAUUGGUGACGCAAUGGUUCUUUGCCUAGUGCUCCCCACGGGCGCAUAAAAAACCCCCAACAACAACAACAACAACAACAACAACAACAACGCUCUCGCCACAACUCGGCGUGGGCGUGGCCGUGCACAUGACGUCAACGGCUCGCGUUGGGUGACGAGCCCCUUCUCCGCCCCGCGCGGGUCGAGGGAGGGAGGGGAGGGGAGGUGAGGGGAGGAGUGCGCGAGGCAGAGCCGAGCCCACGUGUGACGCCUGCAUUCCCGGCUCGCCGACACUCUCGUCGCUUUCGGCUCGCGUUCGCUCUGACAGCGUGUCUGAGAGUCACUGGCCGCACUCGGGUUAGCAAUGGAGGGAGACGGGAGCCAAGCCACGUCCGGGAGCCCCAGCGACUCGCAGCACGACCCGGGUAAAAUGUUUAUCGGCGGCCUCAGCUGGCAAACUUCACCAGACAGCCUUAGAGACUAUUUUAGUAAAUUUGGAGAAAUCCGGGAGUGCAUGGUGAUGAGGGACCCCACGACUAAACGCUCCAGGGGAUUUGGGUUCGUCACGUUUGCGGAUGCGGCCAGUGUAGAUAAAGUCUUAGGUCAACCUCACCACGAAUUAGACUCAAAGACGAUUGACCCUAAAGUUGCCUUCCCAAGACGUGCUCAACCCAAGAUGGUCACAAGAACAAAGAAAAUAUUUGUAGGCGGAUUAUCAGCUAACACAGUAGUUGAAGAUGUGAAGCAGUAUUUCGAACAGUUUGGCAAGGUAGAGGACGCCAUGCUUAUGUUCGAUAAAAGCACAAAUAGACAUAGAGGAUUUGGCUUUGUAACUUUCGAGAAUGAGGAUGUGGUGGAGAAAGUCUGUGAGAUUCAUUUUCACGAAAUCAAUAAUAAAAUGGUAGAAUGUAAGAAGGCCCAACCCAAGGAGGUGAUGUUCCCCCCAGGGACACGGGGCCGAGCUCGGGGUUUGCCCUACACCAUGGACGCGUUCAUGCUAGGGAUGGGCAUGCUAAGUUACCCGAACAUCGUAGCGACGUACGGCCGUGGAUACACUGGCUUCGCCCCGAGCUACAGCUACCAAUUCCCUGGCUUCCCCGCGGCGGCGUACGGUCCAGUGGCAGCAGCUGCAGCAGCGGCAGCGGUGCGCGGCUCAGGCUUCCCCGAUUACGGUUUCUAUUCCUCGCCAAGUGACCAGCGGGGGCCUCCCUUCUCCUUUGCGGACUAUGGCUCGCUGGGCCCGCAGGUGGCACCGCUGCUGCAAAGCGAGCACGCCACCUCCUCCUGCAACUCCCCCCUUCAGCACCUGCCCAGCCCGGAUCAGUAUAAGAGCCCAGGCACCAACCCCCCGCGGCCAGGAGCGUUCCCUGGAGCCAGCAGCCCCGGGCCCGUGGCUGACCUGUACGGCCCCGCCAGCCAGGACUCCGGCGUGGGCAAUUACAUAAGCGCUGCUAGCCCCCAGCCCGGCUCCGGCUUUGGACACAGCAUCGCCGGUCCGUUGAUUGCGACAGCUUUUACAAAUGGAUACCAUUGAAACCUAACAGGUGGUCGGUUGCCAUCUCAUUUGAGCAGAGUUUAUCAGGAGGUCCGGGAAAGGCAGGCCGGAGUUUCUGAUCGGUUCUGUGUACAGGUAACGGCCAAUCCAACUCCAAGUACCACGGAGUCAAAUGGGAAGACGAGCUUGAGAUGGCACCACUCGAAUCAUCUCAGAAAAAAACAAAAAAACAACACCACGACUAAAAACAUCGAUCUGCUGUACUAUAGUGAACACCUGGCUUUCGUAUUCUUUUUAACCUGCUGUAUCUCCCGUAACUGAGGUGGGGAAUGCUGAAGCACCCCCCCCAAUC